UACUUUUCUUUGGGGAAGUACCUCUGCUUCUUUUCCUUCAUCUGAGUUUUCACUCUUCAACAGCUGCUACGGCCAGUAAAGAGGAGGAGGAAGAGGAAUUGCAGCAACAAAUGGGUGGUGGAAGAAACAGGUCUAGUCGAACUCAAAGAAGACACUUUAAACAGGGCAGAGAGAAUGUUUGGAAACGCAACAAAUCUGAUUCUGAACAACAAGAAGAUAACCAAGAUAACAAAAACAAUAACCCUGAUGAGAAUAGCAAUAAUCCCACUAACCCCCCUUGGGAACCCUUAACCACCCAAAAUCCCUCCUUUGAUGAAUAUUAUAAGGAGCAAGGAGUAGUGGCGGCAGAGGAAUGGGAUGCUUUCAUGGAAUGUUUGAGGACAGCAUUGCCUGCUGCAUUCAGGAUUAAUUCCAGUAGUCCAUUCUAUAACGAUAUCCGGUCACAGUUGGAGAAUGACUUUAUGAAGUCUCUUCUGGCGGAGGGCACUGAUGGGAGUGAGAUGGAGGCAAUUAGACCAUUGCCUUGGUAUCCUGAUAAUCUUGCUUGGCAUUCAAAUUUUUCUCGCAAGCAACUGCGUAAGAACCAAACUCUUGAAAGGUUCCACAGUUUCUUAAAGCUAGAGAAUGAAAUUGGAAAUAUUACAAGACAAGAGGCUGUAAGCAUGGUGCCUCCGCUGUUUCUGGAUGUAUGUCCACACCAUUUUGUUCUUGAUAUGUGUGCAGCUCCAGGGUCGAAAACAUUUCAGUUACUUGAGAUGAUACAUCAGUUAACAAGUCCUGGAUCUUUACCUAAUGGACUGGUGGUUGCAAAUGAUGUUGACAUCCAAAGGUGCAAUCUUCUUAUUCACCAAACCAAGAGAAUGUCCACUGCCAACUUGAUAGUCACAACUCAUGAAGCUCAACACUUUCCAAGCUGCCAUCAUAAUAGAAGUUGUCAGAAUGCUUCUGAGUGUGGAAUUGUGAAGAAACCAGAUAUUAGUCAACUUCUAUUUGAUCGUGUCUUGUGUGAUGUUCCUUGUAGUGGUGAUGGUACCCUGCGCAAGGCUCCUGACAUAUGGAGGAAAUGGAAUCCAGGAAUGGGCAAUGGUCUUCAUGGCUUACAGAUUCUGAUAGCAAUGCGAGGUUUGUCUUUGCUUAAAGUUGGUGGAAGGAUGGUUUACUCAACAUGCUCAAUGAAUCCAAUUGAAAAUGAAGCUGUGGUGGCUGAGAUUUUGCGGAGAUGUAAAGGGUCAGUUGAGCUUGUUGAUGUCUCAAGUGAGCUACCACAGCUUGUUCGCAGGCCAGGUUUGAAGAAAUGGAAGGUUCGAGAUAAAGGGUUGUGGUUGAAUUCUUACAGAGAUGUCCCAGAAAACCGCAAAGCUGCAGUUGUUCCUAGCAUGUUCCCUACUGGCAGAACCUUUGAGGACAUUUCUGACAAUGAUUGUGCCAUAUCCACCGAGGAGUUGUGCACUAAGAUCAGUAACGGAAACUCUGAAGAUGGGAUUGAGUUGGAGGAUGAUUCUGUUGCAAAUACUAACCUUUCGGAUGUGGAGGAAUCAACUCUGCCUUUAGAGCAUUGCAUGAGGAUAGCACCUCAUGAUGAAAACACAGGAGCCUUUUUCAUUGCUGUGCUUCAUAAGAUUUCUGCUUUGCCAGCUGUUCAGAAGAAAUCCCUCAGGUCUACCGGGAAGUUGAGUUCCAGUAAGAAUGUACAAGCUCAAAAUGCCACGUGUGAGGUGAAAGAAGAUACAGAUUUUAUUGAAAUUACAGAUGGGCCAGUUUCUGAAGCAGAUGCCCAAGUUCCUGAAACAGUAUCUGUCAGUUCACAUACUGAUGAAAUGGCUGAAGCUGUCUUGGAUGCUGAUCCUAGUAUUCCAUCUGAAGAAAAUGAAGCAGGGGACAUCCAACCUUCUAAGGGAAAUAAAUCUGGUCCUGAAGUAGUUGGAGGAAAAAGGAAGUUACAAGUUCAGGGCAAGUGGAUAGGGGUUGACCCUGUUAUAUUUUACAGGGAUGACAGUAUCGUGUCCAAGAUAAAGGAAUUUUAUGGCAUCAAGGAAUCCUUUCCUUUUAAUGGUCAUCUUGUUACUAGGAAUAGUGACACAAGCCACGUGAAGAGAAUUUAUUAUGUGUCAAAUUCAGUGAAGGAAGUUCUUGAAUUAAAUCUUCUAGCCGGUCAGCAACUGAAGAUAGCUUCAGUUGGGGUGAAGAUGUUUGAACGGCAAACAUCAAAAGAAGGCACAGCCUCAGCAUGUUCAUUCCGUAUAUCAUCUGAAGGGUUACCACUGCUGCUUCCACAUGUAACGAAACAGAUUCUAUACGCGUCUACAGUAGACUUUAAACAUCUUCUGCAGUAUAAAAGCAUCAAGUUUGCUGAUUUCACUGAUGCCGAAUUUAGAAGCCAGGCAUCCAACUUGUCGUUGGGCUGUUGCAUUUUGGUUUUGAUAAAAGAUAAUCAGAAGGCACCAGAUACUUACCAAGUGGAUGCAUCUAGCACUGCUAUUGGGUGCUGGAGGGGCAGGAAUAGCAUAUCUGUUAUGGUAACAGCAAUCGACUGCCAGGAACUCUUGGAGAGAAUGCCAAUGCACUUGGAGACAGACUUGGCCUCAUCCGAAGAAAACAAGCCAUCUUCUGUACAGGCAGCUGAAGCAGUAGUGGAGAUGAAGGAUGCUGAAAUUAAGGAAGAAAACUGAAAAUAUGAUGAUGUCUAACAACAAUUUUGAUGGCAAUUAUCUAUAUCGAAUGGUUGUCAAAUUAGCCUGCUAGGCGCUUCAGUAUACAUUGUUUAUCCCUUGCAUUAUUACGUUCUCAGCCAUGGAUAUAUAAAUUUAUCGAACCUAUCUUCUAGCAACUAGAGAUAAUUGAUUUUUGUGAUCGAGCUUCAAUCACUAAUUUGAAUCAUCCCUUUGGCUUC